UUCUAGGGCUGUAAGAACACACUCAGCAGAGUCAGCCAAGUGCUAAUACCUUACCUGCGCCCACACUCGCUCGGGGAGGGGCAGAGUGAACAGCUUUAGUGAGGAUUUGCUCCGUAUUAACCCCGAGAGGGGACAGAGCCAGCAGGAGUACAACGAAGACCGACUCGACAGGCGUGUGCAGUAAAACAAGACAAGCGUUUUAUUCUGCACAAAACAAGCGUGCAUGAUGGGAAGGCAGUGCAGCGGUGGGAUUAAAGCGAGAGGUCGGUACACUAAAAGAGAAAGAAAAAUCUGUCAAAAGGAGAAUAACAAAUAAAGAUGUGUUGUGUGUUCUGCACGAAGAUGUCAACCUGAGAGCCGGUGCAUGAUGGGACACCAUAAUGUGCCACUCAUGUACACCUACAAUCGUUCCCACAGGGAUAAACGCAGAUCCAGCAAACUGCAGCCCUACACAACAAACGACAACCUGAACUAUGCAUUAGGAGCCAUCAGAGUCCUCGGUCUGGAGCUGAUCGCAGACGAACUGAAACCACAUCUGAACACGGUGCUGACCACCAUUAAGGAGAGGAAGAAAGGUGCUGCUGAGCAGGUGGUGAUCAGUGGGAUCCUGCCCAUUCUGUCUCUGUGUCUGAGGAGCAGAGGGCCUCUCGCUCUGCUGACCGCCAAACUGGUGGCUGAACUCGCCAAAGAAUCUGUGGUUCGUAAAGGUUUCGGUGACGCCGGUCUGGUUACGGCUGUGCUAUCAGUGCUGACCAGUCCAGACCAAGAACUGCUCCUCCACACCGUAAGAGCCAUCUCACGCAUGGCUUAUGACAGCUCUAAGCUGCAGGAGCUGCUCCUCCGUCGAGGUGCGGUGCCUCGCCUUGUUGCCAUCCUGCUCCGGUUCCCUGAUAAGGAGGCGCUGGAGGAGGUGUGCCUGCAGGCCCUCUGUAACCUCAGCGGCAUGGGAGUGGCCGAGGAGGCCGGCAUGGUCUGGGAGAGGGGUGCGUCCAUGAGGCCGGGGGAGUCCGUCUUUCAUGGCGUUUCUCCUCACAACUGUGGCUUCGCCUCCUCCGUGACUCUGGUGUGCGUGUCUCAGUGGGCGCCGGGUCAGUACGCGGUCAACAUCGAGGUGUUCCAGCGUUGCUCCUCCUCUUUCUGGAACCUUCACGGGAACAAACGGACCACUCGUUGGUUCCCGUUCUCCGGCUUGGGAAGCUGCUCAAAUCUGUACAAGGUGAUCAAGUUCUCUACGAGGAACGUUCCCCGAAUCAAGAGCCUGAAGACUCGCGUGUUCCACACUUUCCUUUGACACAUCAAAUACUGCAAACUGACCUCACAGGCAGCUAAAACUCUGAGGGGAGUACUAUAACCUCUCUAAUUACACCACAAAUCACUGGUAGCUACACACCAAACCAUCAGGGGAACGUUUACUCAACAUAAACCUGGACAUGCACACUUGGACAUGUUCACACUGUAAAUGCUUCCACAUGUCUCCUGUCUAUUCCUGUUGACUUUUAUCUCCUACUUUUGUUCCGUUCUUUGGCAUUUUGACUUUUACAACCUCUCGCUUAAUGUUAAAUACAGUCAGUCGGAGCUCAUUUCAGAGAUUCAGCUAUCAUGGUAUCCGAUGCCACGCGGUACUGUUAUUAUAUUAAUUAUAUAUAUUAUUAUAUUAUAUUAUAUUAUUAUAGUACUGGGUUUUGUGCAAUAGUUGAAUGCUAUAAAUGUAUCCAAACUUGAAAACCUUAAAAAUUAAUGCUAUAAUGAUAUUUUUUAUAAUGAGUUUGUA